AAAUGGGAGAGCCUUUCCCCGCUAAUCCCGCCUUCCCAGACACGUUGCCUUGGGAGAAGCAACACGGGCGCAUCACUGGCUGUACUGCACGUCCAGCACAGCAACUCCUCUGCGCGACAGCCCUGCUGGAUUUACCGCUGAACAAAGGAAGAGUAGGACCCAGCCGCUCCAUCCUGGGAAGGUCAGUGAUGGUCAGUGUUAGUUAGAGCCUGCGGCCAAGGAUGUCUGCUACAGAUUCGGACAACUCCAUUGACUGGCUGGCUAGUGACAAUGAGGAUAAUGAGAGUGAAUACGGGCCUGACUGUACCAGAAAGCAAAGCCAGACAGAGGCUCCUCUAUCCCCCAGUGCUCCUCCACACCUGGGCCCAUCUGAGAGCAUCUGCCAUCGAAACAUCGAGGUGAAGGAAGGCAACAGUAACUGGAGCGAGGUCAGAGAAACCUCUGGUCAGGAAUCUUCCCCAAACUCCACAGAGACAUGGGCUGGCGUCACCAAAUUGUGUAAAAUGCAACAAGGAGAAAAUAUGAAUGGCAAAAACACUCAGCAAGCACUGAAGAGACCUCAGAGCUCCACAGACAUGGAGCACAAGGAACGGCAGAUCAUUUCCAACGUGUCAGAGAAGGACCGAAUUUUCAGCAGUAAGUGCAUGGAGCUACAAUGCUACAUUCAUCCACUGUCAUCAAUCUUGAAUGGCCUUCGUUCAGGGAGAUACAGAGAACGUCUCAGCAGUUUCCAGGAGAGUGUGGCGAUGGACAGGAUUCAGAGGAUCAUGGGUGUCCUGCAGAACCCCUGUAGGGGGGAGAAAUACAUUAAUAUCAUUCUUAAAAUGGAGGAAAUGCUGAAGAGCUGGUUCCCUAAUGUAAAACUCCAAGACCAACAGGCUGUCACUCAGACAGAGGAAGCUGUUCCUACCAAGAAACCGAAGCUGUCUCCAGUGACCACCACAGGAACCGUGAGCCCCAUUACUGUCAGUGAUCCUCCAGUCGGCACCAAAGCCCUGAGAGUCACUGACCUCACUCCGCCAGGAGCCUACUCUGCUAGCAACCUGAAGUGGCUCCACACCUCACCCAUCUGCUCCCCCACAGCAGAGCAGACCCAGGCUGGCCCCAAGCAUCUGCUGACCCCCAGAGACAGAGACCUAACGCAGGACAGUGCUGUAUCCUCCAGCACAGACAGCUGUACUAAGACAGACUCUGUGCCCAGAGGCCCUCCACCAGGCAAAAUCAACGCGCCCUGUCUAGAGAGGCUCCUUAAAUCCACAGAAAGCAUUAUUACCCGCAAGGGGACGGGGAGGGUGAUGGACAGCAGCUGGUCCUAGUCCACACAGAGGACUGGGUGUCCAGCUGUAAGCACCGCACAGCCCGGCCCAGCCUUGCCCACUCUGCCGGGAGCCAGUCUGCUUGCUUAGCCCAUUCCAGCCUUCAAAAGGGACGGAGUGCCGACGAACAUCUCCCUGUACGAGAAUGUGCCCUCUCUGAUAUGACAAGUGUCUGCUUUAGUUCCCUUCUGUUGACCUAUCUUUUGUUUUCUGUUUGUGGCAUUGAAUAGCGUGUGUGAGAGUGGGAAGGAUACAUUUCACAUACCAAGAUCACCGGAGCUAAUUUCACAACUGAAUAGUUGCCACUGGCUUGUAGAUGCAAUAAUACAAUUUGAGUAUCUGUGAAACCCCCAUUAUGCCUGAAAGGGAAAGACUUGCAGGAGUAGUUAGUGCUGAAAGAGAGUGUUUCAGAUAUUCAAACAUGUCAGUGGUCUGCAUAUUGUUGUGCUGAAACUGUGGGUGAAAUGUGACGUUAUCCCCCUCCCCCCAUUGACUCCACUCUUAAGUUUAUUGAUGUGACUGUUACUCGUUUGUAUAAAUAAGUCUUUUGGUACAACUGUUCUACCUCAAUGGGCACCACGUCACGGUUAGUGAGUAGGAAUGUGAACACUGCGCUCCAAGUCUGGACACCUUACCAGAUCCGCAGUAAGCCAAACAGCCUUGGACAGCGAGGUCCGCAGUACAAGUCGUCCUGCCUGAGGAUGCUCUCUCAGUGGGGAUGCUUCUCUGGCCUGACUGGUGCCAUUGUAAAGAAUGUCACAUUUGUUUUUUUAGUCUCCCAGUAGAAGGCAAACAGUGCCUGUAACAUCAAGCUGUGCCUGUAAGUCAGUACAAUAAAGAGAGAGAACCGUUCAGAAUACUUGCUCCUCUGUGAGAUGUGCAAAUCAGGAAUUCUCAUUCUUCUGCCAUUUUCCUGUAUCGAGUAAAUUAUUCAGAUCUUGCCAACUACUUUCUGUGGUGGAGUAGAGCUCUUCUUUUAUGUUGCCAUAGAACUGGACAGUAUGCUAGACCAGCAGAGAGAUGGACAAGCUUUUUCUCUGUAAAUCUUACAGAAAGGUUGUUGAUUUACCCUGAAAAGUGGCCUUUAUAGUGUGAAAUUUUAUACUUUCAAAAUAAAUGUGGUUAUAUUUGUUUGAUGCAAAAUG